CCUUCACGUCGCUGCUUUGUGUAUCUGACAGUCCACAAAUUGGCUUUCUAUUAUUGGUGGCUUUUAGAAGUUGGCAUUGAACAAAGAGCCACAUGAAAAGAUGAGUUUAAGUAUCUUUGGUGUGAAAGAGCGUCAGAAAUUUUUCUGGAAAUAUUAUCGCCGGUGAAAUGGAUCAGGACGGGGACGCCGUUAUCUUCACCUGUAACGACCACCAUCUCAAAACUUUCAAGAAGAUGGAGGGUUAUCGCAAAGAUUCCAAACUAUGUGAUAUUAUUUUGGUGGUUGGGGAGAAGAGGAUAAAGGCUCAUCGACUCGUUCUCGCUGCUUUCAGCGAUUAUUUCAGCGCUUUGUUCACUGGUGAACUCUGUGAGAAGGGACAAAGUGUGGUGCAUUUAACUGACAUGGAUCCCCAAGCUGUUGAAGAUCUCGUUCAGUAUGCCUACACUUCUCAUAUCGAAAUUCGCGUUGAUAACGUGGAGAACUUACUCUCAGUGUCGUGUAUUUUACAGAUUGAUGAAGUGAAGGAGGCCUGUUCUGAAUUUAUGAAGCAUCAACUGCACCCUAGUAACUGCUUGGGUAUUCGUGCUUUUGCCGAUGGACACGGUUGUAGUGAACUGUAUAAAAUCGCUGAUGCGUUUACGAAGGAGCGAUUUGUUGACGUUGUCAAAAAUCAAGAAUUUGUGCUUUUGAGCUCGGAAUGCGUGGCUCGUCUUCUUUCAAGCGAUGAUCUGAAUGUUUCUUCUGAAUCGCAAAUUUUUGACGCUCUCUGCGUGUGGGCAGAGUACGAUAAAGAAAGUAGAAAGAAAGUAUUGCCGAGAUUGUUGGGACUUGUACGAUUGCCUCUACUUGCGCCGGAAUUUCUUGUUGAUAAAGUGGAGAUGUCAUCUCUAUUCCGUGAUAUUAGCUCCUGUAGGGAGCUCAUUAUCGAAGCAAUGAAAUACCAGCUUCUACCAAAACGGCGAUUUCAACUUCAGAAUUCAAGGACAACCCCAAGAAAGUCUACAGUAGGCAAACUUUAUGUCGUUGGAGGUAAGUCAAUAUUUUCGCUUGGCUAAUGAGCUUAUUCAAAUCAACUCGGUGAUUCUAGAUCGUUUGACUCUUUUGUUAUUAAGAAUGAUAAAUUAAACUUAAAAUGUUUUUGUCAAGUGGCUGUUCCCUUCUGACGUAAAUAUGUGAGUUGAUGAGGUAGUAUAUUGUUCCGAGGUCGAACCGCGCAGAGAUAUUGGUGGUUUUCAUGAUGAUGAACAAUACCGCACUCUCAAGUGGAACACUGAAAAGGAAGCGCGGUUGGAUGAAGUUCUUUUUCUUGUUGAAAAUAAGCUUUUUAUUUCCCCGUUAAAAUAAUUAAAUUUAAAGAAUUUUAAGUGGCUUUUGGUGGGUGCGGUUUGGAAAAACAUCGACGAAACUCGUGAAAAAUUACAAACUUCUUAUUUUGGUUCAAAUUUAGUAUUUUCGUGACUUUCCAAGUUUUGUUCAGGUGAUCUGGAGUUUGUCAUCAUAGAAAGGCGAUGCUUUCAGUUGAUGAUCGUCUGUUUUCUCAGUACUUGCUCUACUUACCAGAAAAGUGAUAGUAUAGGGAGAAACUGGCUAUUAAUCCAUAGUAGAGUUGUCACUUAAAAUUGAUGUUACCUCUAUAGGAAAAGGCACAUCUUAGGUGGGAUGUUUUUGUUUGAACUUCCCAAUCCUCAAGAUUUUCAGUCAUUAUCUUUAUUAGCAGUGUUUUUAAUAAAAAUUCAUUUGACCUCUUACGGAAUGACUGUUUGGAUAUUUUCCAGAACAGUUAAAGGAAAUGUGCUUUCUAUCGCGUGCCGACAUGCAGAGAUUUUAACCAUAAUCAGCUUUGCAAAACAAAAGGUUUCAGACCAGAGUCUUUUAUUAUAUUGAUGGUUUUGUGUCAUGAAAAACAAUUAGCUUUGCUUCUUAACCUUUAUUCUCAAAGAAGUGACAGAAAAGAAAAUAUUGACGAAAUACUGAAGAACCAAUAUCAAUAUCAUAAAAUAUUGCAAAGUUGCAUCCUAUUUAUUGAAGUUACUUGAAUAAAUAAAGCAAACUUGGGUAUUGUUUUUUCCAAUUGUGCUCAAAUAUUCUCAUCACUACAAACUUUAUGUCUUCUUUUGAUCCCGCAGUGAGUGUUUUGUAAUCUUUUAAAUGAGUUAUUUAGUGUUCUGUUUAUUCCCUCUUCAUGUGACAGCUUCUUGAAAUACUCUGGUUAUAACAGUCAUAUGAUCACAUUUUGUUUGAUAUGCUCUCACUGUAAUUUUUGCAAAUUUGCCCUUGUUUUGUGAAAGAUGAUUUAAAACAAUGAAAUAUCUAAUAUUUGGGGACUUCUCAAGAAAUAAACAAUAAGCUUAUUCAUUAAAAGUAAUUAAGUUGCUCUGCCAUUUUAGUCUACUGCACAUGGCUGUUAAGUGUUAUUGACUUGCUUUUAAUGGUUUUGGCCUCAUCAACAAGGCUGCUUAAGGUCUCUAUCAUUUAAGAGCAUUUUAAAAAAGAACAUUAGGCUCUUUUCUUCCCAAUCUAGGAAUGGAUUCAUCCAAGGGGGCAAUCCAAAUUGAGCACUAUGACCCACGCAAGAACCAGUGGUCUGUGGUGUCUCCAAUGGUUACAAGAAGGCUGCAGUUUGAUGUGGCAGUGGUAGGUGGUAAUCUCUAUGUUGUGGGAGGCAGGGAUGGACUGAAGACAUUGAAUACUGUGGAAUGCUACAAUCCAAGGACAAAACAGUGGAGUCCUGUGCCAUCCAUGAGCACUCAUCGUCAUGGAUUGGGCGUGGCAACCUUGAAUGGUCCUCUUUAUGCUGUGGGUGGCCAUGAUGGCUGGUCUUACUUGAGCACGGUGGAAAGGUCAGUUUGUAGCUUUCAAACUCUUAAAUGUAAUGCAAAUGUAAGGGUGCUUUAUUUGUUCUUGCAAUCUGCUGGGAAUAGUUGACUGGGAUAGAGGUGGGUUAAUACCAGUGGAGUGUUCACUUUCAUCCAAUUUUUAGAAUGAAAUUUGAGAUUUCCUGAUUACUUCCAGAUUUGACCCUGAUACUAAACAGUGGAGCUUUGUUACACCAAUGACGACAGCUCGUAGCACCGUGGGAGUGGCAAUACUUAAUGGCAGACUCUAUGCAGUUGGAGGAAGGGAUGGUUCUUCUUGUCUGAACUCAGUUGAGCGUUAUGAUCCUCACACCAACAAAUGGUCAGUCACUUGCCCAAUGCUUAAGAGAAGGGGAGGUAAGUCUUUAUUGAAUGUUGUUAGAGUUUUAUGGAUUUCAAAAACUUCUUUGUUGUUCAGUGUCUUUUUAAAAUUUGUUGUUGUUAAUGUCAUGAGUGCAGAAAAAGGGGGAACCUUUUCAUUUGAAUCUAAGGUUUAAGAAUAAUACUGGGUUUCUUUAUUUUAUUUUAUUUCAUGUAUUCCAAUCAACUUUAUAACCAUAUUUCUGUACAGAGGACAAAAAUGUUCUCCCAACAGCAUCAUUAUACAGGAUCAAGUAAAGCAAAUAUGAGCAAAGCAUGUAGUUCAACAAAGAGUUUUCGACCUUUUCUCAUUAUGGUACUCUUUUGUUUUCAUAAUGAAGGUGUUGGUGUGGCUGUUCUUGAUAAUUUUCUGUAUGCUCUUGGGGGUCAUGAUGCACCUGCCAGCCAAGACUGUUCUCGCCAAUUUGAUUCAGUGGAAAGGUACAACCCUAAUACUGACCAGUGGACUAUGGUUGCACCCAUGAUCAACUGCCGUGAUGCUGUUGGUGCAGCAUGCCUUGGUGACAGGUUGUAUGCCAUUGGUGGUUAUGAUGGAUCCAAGUAUUUGAGUGCAGUGGAGUCGUAUGACCCCGAGAAGAAUAAAUGGGAAGAAGUUGCUUCUCUUAACUCUGGAAGAGCUGCAGCCUGUGUGGUGUCUGUAUCAAGUGAUCCAGUAGCAGGUUGAUUUUUUGGCCAACCUUUUUGGACAAAUUAUUAUUUGUAUUGACUUAAAAGUAGUACUCUUCAGCUGAGAGAUCUGGAAACCAUAAGCACCCAAAAUAUUUAUGGAAAUCAACUGAAUGACAUAUUGAAAGAUAACUAGACUGAGGAAACUCUUCUGUGAGUUGUUUGUGGUUUACUCCAGAACCCAUCCCUCAUCUUCAAUUAAGUUAUGAGUGAUUAAGUCACUCAUAACACAAUAAGCAUUCACAAAAUAUUUUAGGUGUUCAUGGUUUUUUCAAGUUUGACGGUAGUUUUUGCUCAUCAUUUUUAAAUAGUUUUUGCAGCCCAUGAAUACACAGAGAUACUAAUUAAAAGGAUGAAGGGUUUUAUGUUCAGUAUAUAAUUUAAAGUAUUGUCAAGUAUUUAUCAAAUAAGAGAUAUACUAUGGUGCAAUCUGUUUGGGGAAAAAAAAAACUUUAGUGUCCAUUAUUAGAAAGUGAUAGCCAUAUACAAAUGGAAACUGACAGAUUUUUACAUUAGGUAAAAUAAUGGAAAGUGCAUUCUUUUGUGAGAUGAAAAAUGUUGUAGUUUUUAAUUGAACUGGAGAUAAGGAUGUGUUUGAAUUCUUUUGAAGUCUUUGGAGACAAUCAGGUCUUGUACGAAUCAUUUCAUCCCUUUUCUCCAUAAAUGGUUAGAGUUACCAGAGAGUUAUUUGAUUUUUCUCUUCUUGUUGCUGUUUCUAUGAUGAGAAAGAUAUCUUCGAUCCUCCUUGAAAAUAAUUUUUUAGACAGGCAAUUCUUGGUUGAUAUUUGAUUUAAUAUUUUUGUUCCAAAGCAUUCUUUUUAAGUAAAAGAUUAUUUUAUUUAGUAUUUAUUAUGCGUAGUCUGAAAUUAUCACAAGUUAAAUCCAAAACUACUGACAGAAAAAGAUGAUUAUGAAAUAUUGAGUUUCUGGUAACAUUUCUCAGUUACUCAGAUGUUGUUGGCAUCAUACUGAUGGGGCAGAUAGCUUUGAAUAAUUAACUUGAGAGACAAAAUUGACAGAAAAUGGAUAUAAAAUAAUUUUAUUUGAUUUAUGAUAAAAUUGGCAAUGGUUUGAUCAGAAAAUUUUGCAGGGAUUUUAUUUUUUACAUGGUUAUGAUUUAAUUUUUUUUUUACGGACAAGUUUUUGCAGUCAAAAUGACUGGGGCAGAUAGCUUUGAAUAAUUAACUUGAGAGACAAAAUUGACAGAAGAAUAGUUAUAAAAUUGAUAUAUGAUAAAGUUGGCAAUGAUUUGAUCAGAAAAUUUUGCUGAAAUUUUAUUUUGUACAUGGUUUUAUUGAAAUUUGUUUUUUAAGGGACAGGUUUUUGCAGUCUAAGAUUACUAAAACAUCUGUUGGGGACUCAGUUUUAAAAUUUUAUGUUCACCCACUAGCACAUUGACAAGGAAAGAAAUAGUUUUUCUUAUUUGUGGAGUCAUACAGGGGUGGGUUUCAUCUAAGAUUUCUUUAACGAAUGACUCUAUGAGUGAGUCUGAAUCUGUAUAGUUUUUCCUAGAGUUGGAAGUAGAUUUUUGUGUCGUUUGUUAUUAAAUUUUUUUUUCCUGGGGAAUUCUCGUUUGCAGAGUUAGUACUCUUAAAUUAAAGCCCACAAAAUGUUUAUUGCCACUGGUAUCAUGCAUUUAUAAUCAAGCUUGAGCUUGAAAUUUUUAACAGCUAUUCAGGCAAGAGCACUUUGAGAGUAUAAAUGUUUAAUAUAUAUUGUUUUCUAGUAACAGUAGUACCAAGCUUAGAGGUUUGUAGGCUUAAUUUAUUUGUACAUAAGUUAUGAGAAUAA